AUGACAAGACUCUACGACCAGGGGGGAUAUUUACUGUACACCAGGAACGCUGAGUUUGAGGCAGCAAACUGCAACGUGAGGAAGGGAAGAAGCAUCGUGUCUGACCUACAAGCCGGGAUCAUGUGGACAGCGGUGGUCCUCCUCACUAUGGGAAUAGUGGAUCUGAGCAUCAGCCAGCAUUACAGCCAGUGGCUGUCCCAGCUGCGUGGGCGGCGGCAGCCCCCUGGCUGGGGGGCCGAGGACGCGGACUGCCCCCUGGAGUGCGACUGCCCACCAAGCUACCCCACGGCCAUGUACUGCAACGGACGAAACCUCCAGCACGUCCCGAGCGUCCCCUCGCACAUCAAGUACGUCUACCUGCAGCACAACCAGAUUGCGGGCAUCCGGGACGGGGUGUUCGACAAUGCCCCCAACUUGGUCUGGGUCAUGCUGUUUAACAACCGGCUCGACUCGGACAAGAUUGGCAAAAGUGUCUUCGGCAAGCUGAAGCACCUGGACCGCCUCUUCUUGGACCACAACGAGCUCACACGGGUGCCCCCAAACCUGCCAAAGUCCAUCACGCAGCUGGGACUUGGUCACAACAAGAUCUUUAAAGUCCUCUCCAGCUCAUUUGAGGGAAUGACCAACCUCACCGUCCUUCGGCUCCAAGCAAACGUCCUAGAGGACGUUGGAGGUGCGUUGGAGGGACUGAAGUCCCUGACCAUGCUGGAUGUGAGGAAAAACCAGCUGAGGAAAGUCCCAGACAACCUCCCGGUGGCCCUGCGGCAGCUCUACCUGGAGUUUAAUGACAUAGAGAGUGUGCCGGCGGGCUUUCUUACCUUGAAUCCCCACCUGCAGUUUGUCCGCUUGGCUCAUAACAAGCUAACAGACAAAGGACUUCCAUCCAAUGUCUUCAAUGUCAGCACGCUGGUUGAGCUUGACCUUUCGUUCAAUAAACUGGAGAAGAUCCCUGUGGUUAGUAGGAACCUGGAGAACCUUUAUUUACAUGCCAAUAAGAUCAAAGAGUUCUCCCUGAGCAGUUUCUGCGGUCCGAUCAGCAUGACGAACUUCUCCAGGCUGAGAAUGCUGCGUUUGGAAUCCAAUGAGAUCAGCGCCAAAGACAUCCCUGCCGACGCGGCCUACUGUUUGCGGCGCGUUGCCUUCAUUGAUGUGUAG